AUGUCCGCUAUCCACCAACAUACCCACCAUACCUCAUCGUCGUCGUCGUCGUCGUCGUCGACAAAGCCCAGGAGACGGAGAUGGACCCGCGAACAGUUACUCAGGAACAUCCAGUUGUUGGACGAGCUAGAGGGCCCUCUCCCAGCAACUCUUCCACCAUCGCCUCCAGCGUCACGCUCUUCUUCACCGGCCCCCGGUUACAAACGGAAAUCAGACUCCCCUCCCGAUCUCGACGCUUCAUCUUCUUCAAAGCGUCCUAGGACCACCUCGCUGUCGGACAGGCGCAACGGUCAGCACACGGGGAAUCAAGUGCACCAGGGAGGGCAUCAUUCACAUCAUGCGCAACCGCCACAUAGCCUUCAGCCACCGAGCGCACAAGCCGUCUCCACUUCACAGUCACCAAACCCCCCAACCCCCUCCUCGCGGCCGGAACCCGAGGAAGGAGAAUUGCGGGAAGAAUCUAGUCUGUCCGUUCAAACGCCUUCGAUACCUGCUCCACUCAAGGCUUCCAUCGACGUUCCGAUACGUCGCCCCAAACGGGGGAGACCAGGACUACGUCAUUUCGACGGCCUUCACGAGAAAUACCACAAUCAAGGCCGCAUGCUCAAGUACUCGGGAGACGCUCGUUUCUGGUCAACAUACCCCCCAACACAUCGGGAAUAUCGUCCGCUUGCGGAUCCUCCUCCCCCGAAUUCGCCCUAUCACAAACAUGGUGGACUCAUUGCACGGCUGGAACUUGUGGAUGCAUUGGUCUCCUUUGCAUAUGCAAUUUGGAACAGGGAUUACGGUCGACGGUCAUGCAACAAGGAAACCUGGAGCACCAUCGAGGCUUUCUUGAUUUGGUGCAAACAGAAAUGGCAGGCUGAGGAGGGAAUCAACGACGCUGAGAAGGCUUUCAUUGGCUUGAUCUGGAUGAUCGAGGCAUUUAUCCACGGGAGGAAGUUGAUGUACACCGUGCGGGAUCAUCUGGACGCGGACAUGGAUAAGGUCACGAAAGGCAUGAAGAGCAAGAUUGCACAAAUAGCCUCAGACGCAGAGAAGGCUUCAGCUGGCGCCCUCCACCCUGGGUCCGGUGGGACACCAAUCAUGCUUCCUUCUCCCGCGAGCAUAGCACCGGCCAACAGCGCGAAUUCGACACCUACAUACCGCGAAAAUGGAACGCCCAAUCACAACCAACAUUCCCGACAGUUGAAUGCGUCCUCACACCAACAGCAUCAGCAGCAACGCGGCCCUCGCUUUCAGAGUGGUCCAUCGCCAGUGCCGUUCGCCCUUCUGCCACCUCAUCUCGCAAACAGCCACAACCCUAUACCGCCUCAAACCAUGGAUGCCAUGGCACAGGUUACGGAACCUAUCGGCCCUACCCUUGCACAAGACCUGCGAGACUUUGUAUCCGGCUUCAACGGAGCCAGUUGGUGCAUGUCCACCGCACACGCAACCCUCAACCUUCCAAUCAUGAUGCGUUGUUUCCCUACCACUUUCAAUCGCAUGAUGCAUACCACGCUGUUACCGACCGACGAACACGAGCCUGACUUCGAGGACGAAGAGGGCGAACUCUUCUGGCCCGGUCAGCUCGUGACGGGAGAAGGGCUAGGUUGGGUUUGUCUGAUGGGGAAGGCCAUGAUCAAGGAGUUUGGUAAAGCGUACGGUUACAAAGGCAUUGACGGUGUCGUUCCCAAACCCAAGCCCGAAGACGACAUCCCCCCUCGGCCCAAUGUGACACCCUCAUCUCACGGCCACUCUUCUAGCGCACAUGGACACCGAUGA